UCAGGACGCAAAGUAAGCGCGUGUGGCUGUGCAAACACAAUAAAAACUCCGAAAGCUGGAUGGAAGAAGCAAAAAAUAAAUAAAAAAUUAAAAUUGUCGACUACGCUGAGGUUAAAAGUAAAGGUAAACGGCUGUUUCACUGCAAUAUUAGGGAUUACUAAUGCCAAUGUUUGCACCGUAUUAUUCACGACGUAUUUUUGUUAGAAAGUCGCGUAAUAACUCUUGACUCUUGAGUGUGGGAGGUUAAGGACGUCAUCAAAUAUUUUGAAAGUGUGAAGGAACAAAGAAAGAUUUCAGAUGAAAAAGAAAGGGGACAUUUAAGCUCGAACUUCUCGACCUGCGUAUGCGCUCGAGAAGUAUCAUCCGAGUGCUUGAAGUUCCUCCUCUGGUGAUGAGGAGGGAGGAAAUAGAAGGUCGCUUUAAGUCCGGGAUUCUGUGUGUGGAGUGCUUGGGCGUGACUUGUAUCCGAUGGCGGCUCUUGCCUGAAUGUGCAUUCCGGUACUGCUUAUUGUAAUCAAGCGACCGAAGCGCAUCAGCCAUUGUGUUAUCCUUGACCACAUCAUAGGGCGUUCCAAGUUCCUAACCCAACACGACUACUACCAUCGCUACCUGGAGUUAUUGGACACGCUUUCAUUGUUCUUCAUUUUGAUUCGUCCAUUUCUAAGCAAGAAUGUCUGAGGCCAUCAUCCACAGAAUAAAGGAGCUGGAGGGGGAACUGGAGAAGAUCAAGUCCCAACUGAACGGAAGCCACAUGGAGACCAGUCCAUCCCCCAAUAAUGAGAAGACAAAUUGUAAAAAAGGGAAGAAAAAAGGCAAGGAGCGCCCGUUUGACUUCACCGCACACCCUCGUCGCCACGUCGCCCUGCGUCUGGCCUACCUAGGAUGGGCUUACCAGGGCUUUGCCGUCCAGGAGAACACGGACAACACGGUGGAGGCCAGGCUCUUCGAAACCCUCCUUAAGACGCGCCUCAUCCAGGACCGCCAGAGCUCCAACUAUCACCGGUGUGGACGCACAGACAAAGGCGUUAGCGCCUUCUCCCAGGUGAUUACAAUCGACCUACGCUCCACACAGUAUUCCGGUUUGGGCGUCACAAUUCCUGAAAAUGCCCCAAAAGACGCCGCGGCCGCCUCAGAGCUUCCCUACGUGAAGAUGCUGAACAGAAUCCUCCCUCAUGACAUUCGUAUUUUAGACUGGGCCCCCACCGCCGAGGGUUUUAGCGCACGCUUCGAUUGCCAGUCCCGCACGUACCGCUACUACUUCCCGCGCGGCUCCUUGGACGUACCGUUGAUGGUGGACGCGGCCAAAAGGUACGAAGGCACCCACGACUUCCGGAACCUGUGCAAGAUGGACGUGGGCAACGGCGUCCUGCAGUUCGAGAGGACCAUCCUGUCGGCAACGGUCAAGCCGGCGGACCCCCAACGAGUAGACGCCGCAGACCCGCACGACUUGUUCGUGUUUGAGAUUAAAGGACUCGCCUUCCUCUACCACCAGGUUCGCUGCAUGAUGGCUGUCCUCCUCCUGAUUGGACAGAAGCUGGAAGCACCAGAAAUAAUCCACAGCCUCCUCGAUGUUCACAAAAACCCCAGGAAGCCGCAAUACAGCAUUGUGACCUUCAACAUCCCAGAUGCAAUGCUAUUCGAGAAGAUCCAGGACUUUUGUCUUCCCUCCCCCACCCCAUCCAGCAUGGCGGUGGACUACCCGCUGGUCCUGUACGACUGCCAGUUCGACGGCCUGAGCUGGAGGCGGGAGGCCGAGGAGCUGAGUCUCGCCCUGUCUUCGCUGCAGCAACACUGGACGCAGAGCGCAGUCAAGGCCCACGUGCUCCGCGACAUGAUUCGAGGCUUGGACGCUACGGGCGGCGGGGUGUCGUCCGGCCAAUGCCUGCUGGUGGAAGGCAGCCGCCAGAGGAAGUACCGGCCCUUGCUGGAGCGCCCGCUCUGCGAGAGUCUGGAGUCGCGUAUCGAGCACUUUGUCAAGAGAGGCCGGCUGGAGCGGGAGGAGGGAGAGGAUGGUGGAGAAACGGUUCACAAAGGGAAGCGGUCCAAAUAUUCCAAGAAUUCCACACAUUCAGCUGUCGUGUCCGAGGUGUCCAAUGCAAAUCCUGAAUAGAAAUGCAUAAAAAAUGACUUUUAUGAAUUAUGAAGUAGUGAUUUAUUUUUAUUUUUUUCUCCAGUGGAAAAAAGUGUGUUUCUAUGAA